AGAUAUCACUGAAUUGUGAACAGUGGACAUUCACCUUUAUGGUUCACUAUAGCAACCGAAUCUUACCGAAAAAUAUCCGAUUUUAACCGAAUUGAUGAGUACAGUACAUCGAUCCAAUGUCCACGUCAGUUGACUACAAUUUCACUUAUAUUAAUUAUAAAAUUAUUUAAAAGAAUUCAUUUUUUAAUACACACUUGUGAUUAGUGUAUUUAUAAAUUAUAUUUUGAAACAACUGGUUUUUUAUAACCACCAAAUAAGUUCUAUGCCGAAUGUCAUCAUCGUUGUCAAAUAACAAUAUCAUUGAGGCGACGACAUCUUCACGUUCUUGGAUAUCAUCAAUCUUCGAUUACAUUUGGAAUCAAGCGAGCCUAUUUCGACUUGCCAACAUGCCUAGAAGCCGGAGACGUAAUCGUUCUCGCAGUAAUUCAAGAUCUCGUUCUCAAUCAGCUGGUUCACCUCAAUAUGAACACAAACGUAGACGAAUUGAUUUUGAAAGUCCACAAAGUAAAGGAACAUAUAGUGGUGAACGAGUUUUAAGAUCUCGUCAACAUGAACGUGGUACGAGUCAAGAAAAACGCUAUAAACGAAGUCACAGAAGAUCACCAAGUAGUGGUCGUCAGCAUUCAUCCCACGUUCAUGGACACCGUGAUCGUGAUCGUAAUCGUGAUCGUGAUCGUGAAAGAGUUCAUGUAGCACCAUUGACAACUCAUGAAAAAAGACGUACAAGGACAAAUCGACAUCAUGUAUCAAAAUCACCGAGUCAGGAAUCGACUCGACAUCGUCACAGAUCACCAUCCUGUAAAACACACAGCCCACGACCGCCUUCUGUCGAGGACGACGAAGACGGCCAUCUUGUUUACCAAUCUGGUGACAUCCUAUCACAAAGAUAUAAAGUCUUGUCAACUCUGGGUGAAGGUACUUUUGGAAAAGUUGUCAAAGUUAAGGAUUUGCAAAUGGAUCACGUAAUGGCCUUGAAAAUCAUAAAAAAUGUUGAAAAAUACAGAGAAGCUGCUAAACUUGAAAUUAAUGCCUUAGAAAAUAUUGCAACAAAAGAUCCAGAGUGUCAACAUUUAUGUGUAAAAAUGCUAGACUGGUUCAACUAUCAUGGUCACAUGUGUAUUGCCUUCGAGAUGUUAGGAUUGAGUGUGUUUGAUUUCUUGAGGGACAAUAAUUAUCAACCAUAUCCUUUAGACCAUGUUAGACAUAUGGGUUACCAGUUAUGUUAUGCAGUAAAGUUUCUACACGACAAUAAACUCACCCAUACAGAUUUAAAACCUGAAAAUGUUUUAUUCGUAGAUUCUGAGUUUGAAGUAACAUAUAAUGCAAAAAAGUAUUUUUUAUUUAAGCGACGAGAUGUUAGACGCGUUAAGCGAACAGACAUAAAGCUGAUUGAUUUUGGCAGUGCAACUUUCCAUUAUGAACAUCACAGCACAAUUGUUAGUACGCGACAUUACAGAGCUCCCGAAGUUAUUCUAGAAUUAGGAUGGUCACAUCCAUGUGAUGUAUGGUCAAUUGGUUGUAUUUUGUUUGAAUUAUAUUUGGGAAUAACAUUAUUUCAAACACAUGACAAUCGUGAACAUCUAGCUAUGAUGGAACGUAUUCUAGGAACCAUACCAACUCGUAUGGCAAGAAAGACUAAAACAAAGUAUUUUUAUCAUGGUAAAUUGAAUUGGGAUGACAAGAGUUCAGCUGGUAGAUACGUCAGAGAUAAUUGCAAGCCAUUAAAUCGUUAUCUUCUUUCGGAGGAAGAGGAACAUAAGCAACUAUUUGAUUUAAUUCAAUGUAUGCUAAAAUAUGAACCAUCACAACGAAUAACAUUAAAGGAUGCAUUGUUACAUCCAUUUUUUGAUUCACUACCAGCCUCACAAAAAUUAAUUGACCAGAGUGAAUCACAAGAGAACCAUGAACGUUCACAUUCACUAUCACGAUGAAGCUAGGACCACACAAUCGACUUCAUGAUUGCUCAGGCACAUUACGUAUAAUUUUUGAUACAUAUUUGUGUUAAAAAACAAAACGAAAAUAAUAAGCAUUAAAAUCGAUUUUUAUUCAUUCCUUUGGCGAUUGCUUAAUAAUAUUUUGAUACUGUUAUGUGUCUGCUCAGUCGAGUGUGUAGUCGAAUCACUUAUUUCUAGGAAUUUUAUUCUUUAUUAUUUUUUUUUUUUUUUUGCGAUAUGAAUGAACAUUUUUAUAAUGCUCUUCUGUACAUUUUAUCUUUUUUUCGUCAUUUAAACAUAUUUUUUUGUUUAGCAUAUAAAAAUUACGAGAAAAAACAAAAAAAACCAUACUAAUAACUCAGAAUAAAUAAAUGGUGUCAAUAUAUUAUAUUUCAAAAAAAAAAAAUAAUUUUAUAAAUUUUAUUGGAUCCUACAGAAUAAAAAAUAAAAUAAAUGAUAACCAGAUUAAUGAAAGCUAUUUAAAAGAACAUCGAAUAUAACAGCAAGAUGCCAUUUUUAUUUUUUUACUCAUCUGUAUAAAGCAUGAGUGUCAAGUCGAGUUGAUCUUCCCCAGUCGACUAUGUUGCUUAAUCAAAUUGCCAACACAACAAACUGAAACAAUCAUGACACUUUUGCAAUUAAUUUAAAUAAAAUAUCAUUGUUUAUUAAAUUGAUAUUGACAAACUACAAAAUCAUUUUUGUCGUUGAUUUAUCUGCAAAAGUAAAAAAAUUUUUAACGCCGAAAUUAGUAGUCAUUAAUGCAGUUGUCUCAAAAUGAUCGUAAGUUCAAUUCCCAUCUGGGAAUAAUUUAUUUCUUUUAUUUUACAUAUUUUUACGUCCUCUGUAAAUUUGUAAAGUUGAUAAAACCUACUCUUAUUGUUACUUGAUGCCAGGAUGUACCGGCAAACUAAUCCAUAAAAUAAAUCAUCACAUUAACAAUUUUAAAAAAAUAUAUAAAUAAUUUAAAAAAAAAAAAAAAAAUUAAACUUCUUUUUAUUUAUUGGUGAGUUUGUCUUGAUCAUCAAUCACUACCUGCAUUGAUGAUGUUUCUUAAAUUGAAGCAAUAAAUUUUAUUCAGUCGAUAAUCAUCAAUUGAUAAGAGCAUAGAAUCUUCUCAAAUAAUUGAAGUCAAUUGUAUCAAUUGAAUAUACAUUAAUAUACAACAACUAAAAAUCUUUAAAAAUUGUUCUUUCUUUUUUUUUUUUUUUUUUUAUUUAAUUCAAAAAAUUAAUUUAAAUUGAACAAUAUAUGUCAGGCUUAUAGACAAAUUCCCGGACUUUGUUAUAUUGUCUUUGGUGUGGUUGCUUGAUGGCCACAAUUAAUAUCUUGGCAAAAAUCACGUGAUAUAAAACACUGAUGAUUUGGCAAGCUGCACCACCAUUUGACUGUUUAAAUGAAGAAGGGGUAAUAAAGAAUGUGCGCCCCUCAUCUAAAAUACUCUAUUGCUUAUUCACUCUUCAUAUAUGCAUAUUAUUUCUACAAUUCAAUUCAAUGAUCAUAUGUUAAUCAUAAUUUUAUACAAUGUAUUUUUUUUUAUCUUCAUUACUAUGUUGCAUAAAUUUUCCAUUUUUUCAAUCAAUUGACAAUAAAUUAAUAUACAUUUAAAAUAGCAUGUGAUGAGGAAAAAAAAAUUAAUAAUGAUUUUUAAAAUAAACCGGGUAUUGAUAUAAAACAAAGGAAAUAAAGCUUAUUAUAUUUUUUUUUUUAUUAUUUAAUUUAUUAUUUAGCCAUUCACAAUAAAUGCAAUACAUAUUUCCAUUAUAUAUAUAUUUUUUAGAGUUCAGGGACAACAAAUUAGUCAGAUAAUUUUCUGUACGAACUUUUAAAUUUAAUUAAUUUUAAAAAUUGAUUAACUCGUUUGAAAAAUAAGCCUUAAAUAAUAAUACAAUAUUGAUUUGUCAAAAGUAAAAAAAGUGAUAAGUAAAAAUAUAAUUAUAUCCCAAACCAUCACGUUGAACUCUAGCUUUAUCGAUAUUAAAACUUAAUAAUAUACUUUGACUUAUAAAAAAAAUAUCGAUGUUUCUUUCAAGUUGAAAUUUUCAAAUGAAAAUUCAUUAAAACACACUGUUUUUAAACUUCAAUAACAUUAUCUUUGCUAAUUUGUAAAUAACAUUGUAGUUAUUGAUUUUGGCAUUAUAAUUUUUUAAUUUUUUUCUAGCUUGAAAGAAACAUCAAAAAAAAAAAACUCUUAUUGCGUAGUGGUCUAUAUCUUUGGUCUUACUUUAUAUGUAUAUGUUAAAUAAUAUGCAUAACAUUCAGACAUCAUGCUGAAAUUUCUUUUAUCUAACUGAUUUAUAUACGAAAAAAAAUUAAUAUAGAUAGAAAACAAACUCUAUAGUUUUUCAAGCAAUUGAUCUCGUCAAUAUUCGACUAUUUUAUAUCGACAAUAAUCAUUAUAAUAAAAUAGUAUAUUUUACAAUAGCUAUCCUGAAAAUUAUGCUGUUGGAU